AUGACCUCCCGGAUCGAUAAGACAAUUGCGCGGCAGAGAGAAAAAAUCGCCGCCGGAGCAUAUUAUGAAUCCCAUCAACAACUCCGUGUCAUCGCCGCACGUUACCUCAAACAAUCAAACUACGAUGCGGCUGCAGACAUUUUGGCUGGUGGUGCGAUAGCUUUACUGAAAGCUGGAGCUCAGCAAGGAGCCUCCGCCAGUGGCGGUGAUCUUGCGAUUAUGCUCGUAAUUGAUGUGUAUAACAAGGCAGAGUGGGAACUGUCGGAUGAUGAAGUUGGGAAAAGGAGAAGACAGCGGUUAAUCGAAAUCCUACGCGAGUUUCCAGCAGAAGAGCCUACGAGAAAACGAUACGUAAGCGAGAUGAUAUCGUGGAGUUCAAAAUACGGAGACAUUGAAACUGGUGACCCAGAGAUCCAUCAUGCCAUUGGGUCUAUCUACGCCGAAGAAAAUGAGGUAUACGACGCAGAAAGGCACUUGGCUUUAGGAACCGUUGAAUCGGCGGAGGUGCUGGCGCGCCUAGAAUACAGGUGGUACACCCACGAUGCCGUGCACACAGCAGGGAUAUAUGCUGCUCGCGCGGUAUUCCCCUAUUUGCUGACCGGAAGCCCCCGAAAUGCCAAUAAGGCGUUCCUGAUAUUCAGAAACCAGUUAUCGUCUUCGCCCACAAGCCAGGCACUCGGUGUUCAGGAAGUAAGCAGCCAAAAUAACGAUGUGCGCGUAUAUCCCUCGUUGCCGCUCCUUAAUUUCACGAACCUGUUGCUGCUAGCUAUCCAACGCGGGCAUCCAGAUUUGUUCAAACAGCUGUUAAGACAAUAUGCGACUUAUAUUAAAGAAGCGGGGGAUUGGGACCAAGCACUGGCUCACAUCGGAGAGGUCUACUUUGGGAUAAGGAUACCUAAGCAAUCGAACCCCCUUAUGGAUAUGAUGGGAAUGUUCUUUGGCGGGGGGUCUCAAGGCGGCAAUAGGUCACCGACACCACAACGACCCAAACAACCAAAACAAGUCGCUCCGCCCGCGUCGAUGGAUUUGGAUUAG